GCGUCCCAACUCCUCGAAUCCAUUGAGUCGGAAACCCAAGCGGCGGCAAACUAUGUUCUCAAUGCGGAGGAGAGGGGGAGCCAGCAAAGAGCUAACUAUGCAGCAGAAGCCAUGGAGCUGAUCACCGAAGCAAUGGGGCUGGCCAACGAUGUGGGGAUGCCUGGAGUGGUCGACUACCUGGCAGCGGCGGCAACAAGACUAUCGCAACUACAUACAAUACGUACCAAGGGGACGAAUCGAAGGGGGACGCCACUACCCACACCCAAUGCCUUCGAAAUUGCCGCGCUUACAGUGGGGGUCAUGGAAGAAAGCAGCCAACCAGGGGAACAACCUUCGAUGGCGGAAAUGCUCGAGCUGUUGGAGCUAGUACAAGCAGGCAUGGCACUCCUCACACGAGGAAGACACAGUUAUAACUGGCAAGUUACACACUGGGCCACAGACGCGGCAGAGGAGGCCCUGGCCCUACUAUCAGUGGCGACGGCGACCGACAACCCGAACGAACUGGGGGGAGCGCCGCCACAAGUGGGAGAUAUUCUACCUCGACUCCGAAACCUUCUGGAUGAGGCAGCCACAGGAGUGGGGGUGCUGGUGGGGAUAUACCCACAUCGGGGGGAGAACGAGUACAUCCACCCGGCGGAUACCAUUGCCCAGAACCAGCACGGACCGGGACAGGUGCUACAACAUCCACGCGGCGACCCUCCUGAUGCACUCCACGUUUACAAAGCACAACGAGCACUGCGGCAACUGCACCCGUUCCUGGAGGGGGAAAUGAGAGUGCUGGGGGACCAAGCGUUGGACCAGUUGGGAGCUUGGAUACAGUCGCAUUGGGGGGAGGCCGUGCAACUCCUCAGCAGCGACGAAGAAGCAGAAGCGCCCCCACGACAAAGUCGUGAGGAGGAACAGACCCCGGAACGAGGGAGGAUGCAAACCGCUACGAUCCUGGACGCGGACAGCGGGGCGGCCAGUUCUACAGCACCCUUUACGCGAUUCACCGCACCAGCACGUGAGGGGAGCACUGAGGGGGAGCCGCAGGCAGCCGCAGCAAGGCGACGUUCGUUCACGUCGCCAAGCUCGUUGGACAACGACGAUUAA